GUACGCAACGCCAGGCAGCUAUCACGAUCGCGGGUAUACAAGUGUAGAACUUGCUAAUAUCGAGUUAUAGAACUAAAUUCCUGCAGUAUGUAAGUGUUUAACCUUAAAUGUUUGUGCGGUGCGUAUUGCAAAAUUUUCCAGUAGAUAUCAUAAAAUAAAGCGAGUAAUGGAAAACAACGGAUUUAUAGUUAGGGUGAAGGAAGAGCCGGAUGAUACUAGGUCAGGUGUAAGCGACGAUAAUGAUUUCGAUUCUGUGGACUCUUGCCAAGUGAAAAACUUUGAAGAAUUGUCUUUCAAUCAAUUAUCGGAAAAAUUGGAUGAAACAAUAUUCGUCGAUAUUGAGUGCAAAGAUGUUAAACCUGAACUGCCAUCUCUACCGAAAAUCAUCUGCAAAUCUGAGGAUAGAAGUUGUUUACCUAUUGUGAAAGUUGAGAACCCAGUUGAGCCUAAAGACUUGAAAGGCGGAGAACUAAUAAUUUUGAUAAAAAAAGAAUUCGAUUAUGAUAAUAACUGCCAAUUUCAAGUCAAUGCCCGAUUGAAAAGUGACGAAUAUAGAGAGGUUAAAAUUUUAAGAAAAACUAGUACAACUAAAUUAUCUCACGAGUGCAAAAUAUGUCGAAAACCUUAUAAAAGAGAAUCUAAUCUAAAAAAACAUAUGAAUACGUCACAUAAGAGCAAUAGACCGUACGGAUGUGAGGUUUCUAAAAAAUUAUUUAGAAACAAGCAUCACCUCAAAAAUCACGUAAAUGAAGUACAUGAUCAAAUCAAACCUUACGAGUGUGAAAUUUGUCACAAAUCAUUUGGACGCAAAGGUGACCUCAACAGACACUUAAAUUCAGUACAUAAUCAGAUCAAACCAUUCGAGUGUGACGUUUGUCACAAAUCAUUUGGAUUCAAGUACAACCUCGAGACUCACAUAAAUUUAGUACAUAAUCGAAGCAAACCCUUUGAAUGUGAUACUUGCAAAAAAUCAUUUGGACUAAAACGAGGUCUCCAACAUCACGUGCACGCAGUACAUGACCGUAUCAAAUCCUUCGAGUGUGAGAUUUGUCACAAAUUAUUUGGAUUGAAAGAACAGCUCGCUUCACACAUUAAAGCAGUACAUCUUCGUAGAAAACCAUUCGAGUGCGACAUUUGUAACAAAUCAUUUGGACGAAAACUAGACCUUCAACGUCACGUGAACGUAGUACAUGACCAUAUCAAACCCUUCGAGUGUGAUACUUGUCACAAAUUAUUUGGAUUUAAAGAAAAGCUCGCAUCACACAUUAAAGCAGUACAUCUUCGUAAAAAACCAUUCGAGUGCGACAUUUGUAACAAAUCAUUUCGACGAAAACUAGACCAUCAAAGUCACGUGAACGUAGUACAUGACCAUAUCAAACCCUUUGAGUGUGACAUUUGUCAUAAAUCAUUUGGACAAAAAGGACACCUUAAAUCUCACAUA